AUGUAUGGCAAUAAUGAUCCUAAUGAGAUGGUAAUCUGCCCCUAUAACGAUGCUCAUCGUAUUUCAGCAAAAAAAUUUCCUUACCAUUUGCCAAAGUGCCGAAAGGUAGGUGACGAAAGCAUGGCCGCCCUCAGGAUGGAAUGAUUUGGAAGGGUCGUUUCAAUAUUAAACCUCUAACAGAAGUCUCUAACAACACGAAGGCCUUCUUUCGGCUGCAUCUGCUUUAAAAGUUAUAUAUUUCUUUUAGAAACGCUUAAAACACACCAAAAAAACUGUUAUGUCCAAUUCGGUGCUUAAGUUUCAGUUUCAUUCAAUGGCUCUCUUUUAAUUUAUUUCACUUAUAAACGCUCGUUACCGAUAUUGAUCAAGCUCAUUCUCUCCUCACGGGAUGCAUUAACUCCCUACUAGCGUUAGAUAAUUCAACAAGAGGCCAGGCUCAUGAAAUUCCUGUCCAUUGCCAACGAAUAUCAGAAACAAUUCCUUUUUGGAACCUUCUCUUUUGUAAAUGUUUGAUGUUUGAUUUUCUCUCAUACAGUCGAAGCUCUCCUUGCGACCACUCACGUAAGCAAUCAGUUCUAGUUUAUACGACCACCUCUGUGAAAACCCGUUUGAACUGUGACUUAAACUUUGUAAUGAAAAGCUUGGGUAAAUGAUUGCUCCUGCAAGCCACCAUGACCACUUUUGGGAGAGUCCGACUUUUGGUUGAGGGUUGAGGGUUGAGGGUUGAGGGUUGAGGGUACCAUUUCAAGGGUUCAUUUUUUUAAAAGAAAUUUUCACGAAGAGUGCCAGAUACAAAAAAGUUCAGUUUUGAUUACCGCUGACACAGAGUGUUGACAGAUGCAUUGUAAUAAGAGUGCACUUGUAAGCUAUAUAAGAGAAACUAGUCUAACCUUCCGUUGGUAUUUAAGAAAAUAUACUUAAGUGGGAAGUGAGCAAGGAGCAUCAGACAUGCAAUAGUUCAGUUUUAAAUAGCGCUGACCCAGGGAAGGAGUCCAACUUUUGGUCAAGUUAUUUAACAAAAAUACACUAAAAAUAAAUGCCCUUAUGACAGACAAAUGGCCUUUAACUCAUUUUAUCAUAUCCAAAGCCCUGACUAGGGGACUAGCUGGUCAUGCAAUGCAUCUUUCAAUCAGGUUGCUUGAAAAACGCUGUGAGAAAACAGGUGUAUGUAUGUGUUUGUUGGGGAGGAGGGGGCUAUUUAGUAAUUUUUUUUGCAAGAAUUUUUUCUUAUUCUUCCAACCGAUGGCCUUGUGUGAAUUUUUUAAGGGCAUUGCCACUCCCUCCCCCAGCUUCUAAUCAUGGCAAACUAAAAGAGAAAAUAACUAGUCACAGACUUUCGAUUCCAAAAAACUGUCUCAGGAAAUCUUAUGAACGAAACUUGCACAAUUAAUGAGAAAAUGAGUGGCAAAUUUACGUCAACUUUGGUUGAGCUUUUCCACGUGUCAUGAUGUUAGUGUUAUGCAGAAAGCACGAAAUCAUGUAUUAUUUGCUUUUUCUGAUGAAUCACGAUAAAUAAAAAAGCUAAACACAGUUUAUGAUGACACUAGGACAUUACGAGGCAAUGCAUUUUACCAGACAGGGUGUUGCAGUGAUGCAAUAGGCCAGUUGCACUAAGAGGUCACGUGACCAAUGCUUCCUUUAAAUGAUUCGUUGGAAUCUUGCUGAUGCCAAAAAUUGACAGAGAACAUAAAAAUUAUCUUACUCCCGAAAUUUGAGAGGGAACGCAUUUAAGGUUGAUAUUUUUUGGCACUUUGAUUUUUCAACAAAGCAGUAUGAUUUGUAUUGGCCGCCAUGUUGGAGGGCGUACUUGUGCCCUCCAACAUGGCAGCCAAAACUACUUUUUGCUUAUAUCUUGUUAAACGUUUGAUAGUUACGCUCAGAUGUGCUGUAAACAUUACCACAUCAUCUUUUCAACAUUUCCCUUGAACUUUAACUGCAAAAUUUGUGUUCUGAAAGAUGUAAUACCUAAUUUUAAAAAUCACAUUUUGGUCACGUGACCAGCUACGAACUUACUCAUUUUAAGAAAAUGGUGCGGGUUUGAAAAACCAAAUCACUGUUAUUUUGUUUAAGACAUGACCCACUAAUCGUCUUUCGAAGGCAAAAUCCUAUAACUUUCAUUUUCAUAACCACGAUGUCACAUGAUCUCUUAGUGCAAAUGGCCUAUUGUUUUAACAAAAAACAAGGCAAAUUUUGUUAAAAUAACAGUAACCUGGAAAUGAUUGGGCCAUGAAUUAACUCUUUGAUCUUGGAAGUCAUGUCUGCCGUUUUGGGGUAGCAGGACUUGUUAUUGGCUAGUACAAUAAGUAUACUCUAAACACCAAAAAUAAAUCCCUUGAAAAUCCCGAAACUUUUUUAACACAUAUAUUAUCAAUUUUUAUAUGUGUUAAAAAGAUUUCAGGGAUUUAUUUUUGGUGUUUAGAGUAUACUAAUUGUACUAGCUAAUAACAAGUCCUGUUAAAGACACUAAAGCACAAUAAACCCUGGAAAUAUUGGAUUAGUGGGGACCAUUAUAGGUUGGGGGAGGGACUGAGAUCCCCCCUCAAAAAAAGAAAAAUCAUUGAAGGUAAAAUCUUUCGGGAAAAAUUCAGUAACCACCCCUAUGACCCCACAAGUGCAGUGACUACCCCACAAAUGUUUCAACCAGUGAUUGAAACAUGCAUUACAUGACAAGCUAGUCAGGGCUGCGGAAACACUCAAUUACCAGCCACUGUUCGAGAAAUGACCCCACGCUCCUCCUGAGAGAGCAGGAAAUCAAGCCUAGGCUGUGAAGAAAUGAGAUAAAGGUCUCUUCUCUUGUCUUUCAGUAGUGUGUUUAUUAUUUUCAGUGUAUUUUUUUGAAUACCUUGACCAAAGAUUAGACUCUUUUCUUUUGGAAGCAAACAGUUGUUACAAUGCCUCUAUCAACACUUUGGGUCAGCACUAAUAAAAAGUGAACUUCUGCGUUUCUGGCGCUUAAACUUUUACAUGUCUGGCGCUUAAAAAAUGCAAGAAAAGUUUUAAAAAAUAGAAAACAUGAAAUAUGUAGUACCCUCAACCCCUCAACGAAAAGUCGGACUCCUUUUGGGAUUACCCAACUGGAAUUUUUCUUUGUUUUUAAGCUUUCAUAAGUGACCACUAAGAGUCUUUUUCAUAUAAGUCAACACCUUAAUGAAACUGUACAUUGCGCUAAUGGUUCGUUGAUUAAGAUCUUGUACAGUGCAGUAUUGUAUGAAGGUCAUUUCGAUAGUGACCACUUGGCCUGCGUGGCAACAAUUACUUACAGACCCUAACAUACCCUUUAUGAAUUGCUAAUGAGGUUCUGAAGCUCUUGUAAGCGACCACCCUCUAUUGCUUCAGCAUGCGGUUGCUUAUGAGACCUAAUUCUCGUAAGUGACCAGCUCUAGUUUGACCACUUUUUCUGAGAUGGGCACUUUCGAGAGAGCUUUGACUUUAUUUCCCUCUAAACUGAAGAACAAUAGACUAAUUUGCUGAAAACAAUCACAUUCAUGUUACCCAUUAAGGAGGGGAAAUUCAACAGGUGGUGAAUUCUACAGAUCACGCAGAGUUUUCCAAAAAGGUCUGAGACUAGUGCACUUGUAUGGUUGUUAAACAAAUGGUGCUUAUCGAUUACCACACCUAGGUCUUUAACUGCAACUACUGGGGGGCAAGGUCUUAACCUAGGAAAACAAGAGAGGGCACUGGCAUUUUUCUUAAUGUUUGUGUAGUGCCAAAAACACAGAACUUUGUUUUAUCCAGGUUUAUCAACAGAUGGUUAUCACAGCACUAUGAGGCUACAUGUUGCAAAUCAGGUUGAAGAGCCUCAAGGCCGACAUCAACAUCUUUGUUAGAAAAUGCAAAGUAGAGCUUAGAAGCCUCCAUAUAAGACUUGAAUUUACUGGUGUUAAUCAAAUAUGAUAAUACACCUUAGAACUGUGGAUUUCUACAGAAGUGGUACCAGAAAGUCAGUUUUACGAGACAAAAUAGAGAAUAUUCAAGGAAAGCUGUAUUUCAUAGGCUUAUGAAUCUGUUUACCAUGAGAUUUUUGUGCCUCAUUUUGAGACCGCAGGAUUGCCCUUAAAACCGUAAGUCUCACAGCAAAAUUGUAAGACUUGAAAGAUUUCCACACAAUGCCAGUAGUAAUGCACUUGUCAUCUUCUUCCCCCAGGGACGGGACUCCGAGCUAACCACGGGGAUUGUAAAAUGGGUGAAGAAAAGUUGAGAAUUUUCUCCUGGGAUGGAGAAAUUUAACAUAGCAUACAUGUCGUCCCCUCUGGGUCAAGUACUUCUCAACAACUGUCCCCCUGGGCCCAUUUCCUAGAAAGAUGGUUAAGCUUAACCCAGGAUUAAAUGAAAUUCCUGCUAAGAGCAUGUAACUCAAACUUACAAAAUACUGCUGAGCUUUUAGUCUGAGACACAGUAAUUAUUAUACAAAAUGUUUCUCUAGAAGCAAUGCAUAGAGGGUAAAUACAAAAAAGGGAACAAAAUCUUUUUCCUGGAUUAGUGCUAAUCGGCCUUUCAGAAACUGGGCCCCGAUUUCUACCUCUUCUAACUGGGAUUUAGGGGACUUGUUUGAUAGUUGUUUCUGUUGUAACCUGUGUAGUUGGCUUGAUUUCUUGCACGCAACUGUUAUUACAGACCACAAAAGCACCAGUGGAUCUAACAUUAGGCUGUAACGCAAUGAGAAGAAUGGACAAAAAUUCCUUUCAGUUCACUUCCCCCUUCAUUGAUUCUCUUGCCUUGGCUGAUGUGCUCCCUAAAGAUUGUAUCAAUGCUAACAUAUUGCUCUACAAUUAUUAUUUUUGUUCUUCAGCAAUAUGCUAGUGGAGCGUGGAAAAAUUGUCUGUUUCAUUUCCGCCACGAGGUGCCAGUUGAGGAGUAUGACUAUCAUCUGACCAUAUGUGAAUACAAGGUACUAUGUAAAGAAAUCACAGGAAAAAACAACAGAUUCCCAUUUUUGGAUAUUUUAGGGUAUUUAAAGAAUACCCACAAAAAUCCCAAAUUUAGAAGAGUGAGACAAGUCCCAAUCAGGGAACUUGGUUGGGAAUUCCCUGGUUGGGACUUGUCUCACUUUGCCAAAUUUGGGAUUUUUAUCGGUAUUCUUUAAGUACCCUAAAAUUUCCAAAAAUGGGAAUCCGUUAUUUUUUCCUGUGAAUAAGACUAUAUAGUAGUUUGAUUUAAGAACUCCCUUCAGCACUUGACACCAAAAUAUUAGAAAAAAAAAGAAUUAGCCUGGCUGCUUUUAAUUUUGUCAGGGUUGGGUUUGGUAAAAUGAAGUUAUAAGUUUUAAUAGUGAAAACCCUCACUUGAAGUUAGCAUGUAUCUGGCUGCACAUUUGUUGAACUGAGGUAUCUUUCAGAUAAAAGCUGUAGUUACCAUGUUGGGACACAUACCAAAGUGCUGCAUACUUUGUGCCCAGGCAGGGGGAGUUGGGGGGGCGGGGGGCUGGAGUACUCUAGAUUUCAAGUGACAGGAAUGAUCGAAGGGUUUUUUUGGUUUGAAAUGUUAGAUUUCGCAAUUUUUUUUUGGGAAGGAAAAUUUUGGCAACUGUUUUUUUUUGGUAGCUUGAUUUUAGUAGGUUUUUUUGGGGUAUUAUGAUAGUUCCCACGUAUCCCGCAUGGUCUGUUUUUAAAUGCAACCAAGGCAUUGAAGUAUUUUGUCGAAUUUUCAGGUACAUUUUGCACUCUAUGGCCAAGACAAUUAUGUUUUUGAAAGGGAAUUUAUGUAUUUUUAAAUGUUUCAUAGACGUUUUAUAAAUUUUUCUCUUCAAAGGCAAUUGCUUUAAAGGAUUAACUUUUUAGAUUUUGAAUACAAAUUUUCGAGAAACGGCUUCUCUGUCUAUUGUUUUGGGUUUGUUCAUUCAUAAAAUUAGCUCAAAACACGAUUGUGACUUCAACAUCCAAGCUGAAUUUAAGCUUAAAUGCUUCUCACAUUUAUUACACGCAUUACUUUUUGCGAAGAUGUCAGGGUCAGGUUUUGGACACUUUUUGAUAUGUAGCUAAUGAAUUUUAUUCGAAAAUAUUUGUUACUGUUUAUUCUAGAUUUUUAAUAUAAGAAUUUUAAAAGCCUAUUUGCAGUAUAAGUUUACCGUGCAGUGGGUCAACGAGGGAUCGUUUUUUUGAAGUGACAACUUCACAAAGUUGCGAGGACUUCAAUGGGUUUCAUAAUGUUAUGUUUGGCCUGGGUAGUGAGGCAAUAAUAUCCGGCUCAGUGUUUUGGUAAGAUUCCUGGUUUCAACCUUUGAAAGCUUUCUCGGCUUUCGGGAGUUUUUCCCCCGUUUGUCGGCCAUCUUUUUAAGCGGGCGUGGGAACCUGAAUUAAAACUACGUCACAUUGUUUACGAAGUUUGAUUGGUCAGUUAUCUCUUCUUCUCGUUCCAAAUAUGGUACUUUCGAAAAUGAAUAAUCACAAGCAUCAGACGAAGCAAACAUCUGAGAGUUACAUGUUUCAACCCCUUAUGAGUUUCUGCCAUUACCCUUAAGAAAAAGACUCAGAUUUCCAGGUCUCAGUUUAAGGACUUUAAGAAGUUAAUUUUUUGUUCGUAAGACGUUUUAGGGAGAUUCUGUACAAGUAGUCAUGUACAAGUGCACUUCUGUAAAUGAACUGUCACAUAGAAUAGCUAAUGAUUUUGUCAAAAAAAUUACCAGUAAUUGGCAGGGGAAAUCAAACUUUCAUUAUUUUUUUAGAAUAAAUAUACCACUUCAUUCUAGGUUGCCUAAAAAAUUUCUCCCUUGUAUUCCGACUCUCGUAAGUGACCACCUCCCGUAAGCGACCACCAAGUGUUUGCAUUUUGGGUCGCUUACGGGAGGUUUGACUGUAUCUACCUCUUAUUUCCAACUGAACUCUCUUGGAAUACCUUUUAUCUGUGUGUUUUUUAGGAUACUAUCAGACAGGACCUUGAAGAAGGUACGUUUAAAGCAUGCAAAAAAAUAUGCAUAGAAUCGGGCUUGAAAUAAUUGCUGGAGAGGCUCUGGACAUGAUGACUGGCCAAAUUCAUUUUAGCUCGGUCACAUAUUGUUUCUGGCUGGUCAAAUUUAUAAGAUAAAUAACUCAUUUCAAACAAGGGCCGACGAACCAAAACUGGUGUUGUUGCCUGACUAGUGAAAGUGAAAAUAUUUUUAAUUUUGUGACCGAAAGUGUGUUAACCCUGAUGUCUGUUUCAAUACAUGAAUUGUAAACAAUGGGUAUAGUUGCAUUUCUCCCAGGAUUUCAGAUCAAAGUUCUGCAAUACACAGUAGAGACCUUUAGCAUGAGGUAAACCACAAACCGCAGACCGCAAACCGCAGUUACGCGUUUGCAGUUUCGCGUUGCCGAGAUUUUAAACUUUAGCAAGGCGUUCAGUUCACUUCAGUUCAGUUCAUUUUUAUUGAGCGAAAAUACAAUACAAUACAAGAAUACAUAAAGGAAUUGUAAGGUUGUAAGGGAGCCCAGAAGAAACCAGAAGGCUUUAUGAAGCCUCGGCUCCCCAGUCUAAAAGAGAUAAGCAAAAUAAAAUGAUAUUCGCGGAGUGAUACGUUAAAAAUAGGAACUAAACAGAGACUGAGUUAAGUUAUGAAUUCAGAAACAAGAUAAAAAAAAUGGAUUGGAACAGAAUACUUUCCUUUGUUAGUAUGGCAGAAAGGAAUAUAAAAUUGAUUUGAACUACGCGUUCAUUGUUUAGGGCCGCUAUGUUGUUUUCAUCAAGUCGAAGUGCAUCACUCUAAUCGCCCAAAACAUAGCAAUAAUUCAUUGAUUCGAGAUCAAAAAUCCAACAAACACAUCACAAACGGAUACAAAAAGCUAGUUCAUACCUUUAAACGUGAGGCUGUACAAUUUUUUGUGGCAAAAAACCUUGCCGUAAAUCACUUACCGCUGGAAGCCCUUCCUGCGGUUCAAACGUGAACUGCAAACUGCAAACGUGACCGCAAGGCCGUGGUCACGUGACAUUUUGCGGUUUGCGGUUUGCGGUUUCCCACGAAAAAACCUGAUGCUAAAGGUCCCUAGUGACUUGCUACAUACUGAUAACAACUGAAACAACUGAACAGCAUGGAAAUUUUAAUUUGUUUCAUUUCAAUACAAUUGAAUGUGACCAGUCAACAUGACCGGUGAAAGGUUGACCGGUCAACUCAUCGAUCAGAUUCAGUCCGGACAUUGUCCGUUGGCCGGCCGUUAUUUCGGGCCAGAGAAUUGUUGGAAGAAUGCUGUGUAAUAGGCCCUUUGCAUCUAGAGUCAUUCACAUGGUACAAAACCACCAUGCAGAAGAGGAAGGGACACAUUGGGAGAAAUUUUGUUUGUCUUGUCCUGGAGCAUCCAUCGCUCCCAAGUAUGUCUAGAUAGUAGCUGCAAACUUAAGGGCCUGUUCCUGGGAAUGCUUUAUUUUGUGGAAGUUGUGUUCUUUUAUUGCCUACUGGGAGAAUUUUUUUUGAAACAACACUUAAUAUAGGGUUGAAAUAUUUUGUAAGGACAUUUUGUUUUGUCCCCAUGGUCUAUUAUCUGGUUACAAUCGUUGUUUUUAUUGUCCUGUACUGGUAAAGCCAUAAUUAUUCACCUGUAAAAUUUCCAUUGAUUGAACUAUCAUUUUAAGACAUUAAUGACUGUCAUACAUUUGUACUAGUGCAUGGCUUUACCUAACAUUUUUUAUACCCUUCAUUGUUUUCACUUUCUCAGUUUUCAAUCGGGAUGUUAUCGAAGCCAAGAGAAUGUGCCAACCACAGCCAACACCAGCAAUUCAACCUGACAGUACUGAGGACUGGGAGUCUGGUAUUUGAUACUUUUAUUUGAAGUUUUACAUUCUCAGGAAUGAAACAAAAAUAAACCAACAAAAAGCCUCAACUAACCUAAAGAUUAUUAUCUUUCACCUGACAUAAUGCAAAUGAGCAAGAACCAUUCUUCAAAGGGGUAAAUUAAACAUAUAUAUGCAUUAUUGAUCAGUUAUUUUUGUGUUUUUAUGGACCAAGAUAAGGUUGAGGUCAACAAAAGUGACAAAAAAGCGAGAGAACAAGGCUAAUAUCUACCCAUCUUAACCAAGCAAGUGUGGUCAAAACUGUAUUUAUCACGAUCUUUGUCAAGAAAACCUUUUUUUUGCAGGACCAAAACCGGAGCAGGCAAGAUAUACCCAUCUUGGCCACCUGGAUAUCCAACCAGAACAAGGGAAUUGCAUAAUCUUGCCUGUUAUAGAACCAGCAAUAUCAUAACAUUAAGUGCUGUUGCAUUUUCAGAGGCUCUUAGUGAACCCUUUUCAAUAGCAAGGUCUGAACCAUCUAAUGAGCAAGAAGAUGCAUAUGAUAUUGUACAAGCUAUGCAAGAGGUUCAGCUUCAAGCACACACUGCUCCUUCUAGACCAGUUGAUACCUCAGGGUGAGUAACAACAGUCAUAUAAUAAUGUGUGGUCCCACUUACUUUGUCAAAUGUAGGCAGACCCUAGUGUAGUUGAAUUUAUUAUAGGGACCAUAUCCACAUUCAGUAAGAGAAAUAUAAUUUAGUCCUUGCUUGUUUACUUUCCCCAUAAAUCUCUGAAUGAGUCAUUUUCACAUUGUAGUUAGGCAAAGACAGCAAAGACAUGUACCAAAAAGUGUGAUGCCCAUGUUAGGUUGUUGUUUUGCUCAUUAAACCUAUACUUUUUUGAUGUUCUCAUUGCCAUCUUGUAGUUGGAUCUUUAAGUUCCUAUUACUUCCUGUGAAACAAAAGGAAGUGAUUUCACUGGACGUUUUGAUGUAAGCGUCAUGUGGAUGCACAUGUUCAGUGGAAGGGCAUGUGAUGAAAGGGUUGCUCGGAGUGGUUUCUCUCCCUUCGUAGCAUUACGUCUGGCCUGGAGAAACCACUACCCACAGGGUUAAGAAGGGUUGAUUUGGGAAGGGAUGUACGAGGGCAGACAUGAUGGUGACACCCCUGACUUGACCUGCCAAUCUGUCCUAGACAAUUCAUGACUGACAAACUUCAUCAUUGUAUGGUAAAAUCCAGAUAGUAUGGUGGAACUAUCAAGGCUAACUAUGUUUGGGGAGUGGUGCUUGAUUGUUUACCUUCCAGAGGAAAAACUGUUAUCCAUUUGGACAGCAUUAUUAUUGAAAAUAAUCUUUUUGGUGGGAGUGAAAUUUUUCAGAUAUGGGGAAAGAGAUUUCUCUAAACGUGACACUUCCAGUUCAAAUUCCUUACCCUGAAAAAUGCCUUUUGCAUCUUUUUGGGCACAAGUGAUGGUCUAAGGUAAUUGGGGAUUUUGAAGUUUUGAAUUGAUUGGCACGUAAAGGUAUUGUUCAUUUCAUGAAGCUGUAUUACUAGUCAUCAAUACUUUCUAGCAACAUUCAAUAGCUUUUUUGAGAUGAUUUUAACCACAAAGGGCUUUUUCAAUUUAGUUUGACAGCAACACAGAAGAAGAACCUAAAACGUUCUCAAAAACGGCAAGAGAAAAGGGAAGCUGAAGAGUAAGUGUGUCUUGCUACUAGUAAUGUUCUCUGUUUCAUUGCAAACAGGCUCAGUUAUUAGCCACAAUAAAUAAUAAUACAAUCGUAAUAAUAAUUAGCUUUUUUUAAAAUUAUUAUUGAAUGAGGCUGAAUAUCAUCUGAAGAAUUAAUUAAGGAGAUCUCAGAGGGUGUUAUCACCCUCCGAGAUCUCCAUAAUUCUUCAAAUGAUGCAAAAGCCUCAUUUUCAAUAAUAUUGGUUUUUAUUCAUUCAAAAUAAUUCCUAGUUUAAAAACAAGCUAAACAUGCUUACCUCCAUCGAUGUUAAGUUCAUCUAUGAAUAGAGCAUCAUGUUUAUUUGCAAGUUUAGGAGAUAAAGAGUUGUUCAGUUCUGCAAAUAUUCUCCCAAUAGCAGAUGUCAUCCGUUGAAUAUGGUGACCGAGCAUUGUCACAAAGAAUUUGGCCAGAUUUGUGCUGCAACUUAAAAAAAAAAAAAGAAAAGAAAAUGUUUUUCUUUUAUUGUUAACAAAAGAUAAAUAACAAAAGAAAUAAAUAUUUUUACAACCAAAAUAACAAUAAUAAUAAUUAAAAAACCAUACCAAGAAAAUGAAAAUAAAAUGAAAUAAAUGCACUUGAGAAAACAACAAAAUAAUAGAAAAAUAUUGAAAAAAAAUAUUGAAAUGGAAAAUGAAAAAAACCUGUGGGAACGACCAGCUGCUAAUCAUCUUUUACUUUGAUCACAGAUAUAGUGGGCUGCGAAAAUGGCAGGCUGUCGUCAAACAUUUUGUUUCCAUUUUGAAAAUGAAAUGUUCGAAGCCUGCCAAGCAUUCUCAUAGCCCAUCAUAUCUUUGACCGGCUGUCCUAUAAGGCCACGACCAUGGUCAGCAGUUUACGAGUUGGUCGAGUUGGUGCUGGUUACUGCACUUUUGAUUCAGCAAUUUUUUUUAUUCUUUUGUUUACUUCUUCAUCGCCUUGUCGUAAGGAUCAGUUUGUUGUUUUAUGAUUUUCCACCAGGACCAUUCAGAGGAUAAAAAGCAAAGCAAGUACAGUAGAGCUCCAGGGAAACUAAAACCAGUUUGAGUUAGCAGGGAGUUCGAGUUAUCGGGGUAAAUUUAAGUGAAAUUUUGGUCAAGGGAAAUGAAAUUUAGUUUGAGUUAAAAGGGAGUCCGAGUUAUCAAAGUUUGAGUUAUUAAGGUUCUACUGUAGAGGCACAAUUCUCAAGAAUACGUUGUCUCCCCAUUGGCAACAAGUUUGGAAAAAGCUGCACUGGCGCAUGAAAAGAUGUGAAAUAAAAGGAACAGAAAUGAAGCUAGUAUUUCAGACCUGCGGGCAGGGGUACUCCCUUAUAUAAGCCAUGUAGGUAUGUACUGCCCUAAAGGGUAGGGUUUCUGCGCCAUUUUGAUGUGAAAUGGGCAUGGUUUUCCAGGGAUCUACUAAAGUGUAUAAAUGUAUUUGUCGUUUCAAUUCCAAAUGAGUAAGAAAGAAAGAGAAAUGUGCGACUAUGAAAUGGAUUUUAAGAAAUCUUUUUUUGUUACUUUUCUAAUCUAAGUAAUGAUGACAAAAUUUCUUGGAGGCCAGGUCUCAAAACAGGUAUGAAAAGUGCCAAUUUUUGGUCUCAACUAGGAUCAGGAUUUGGAGAACUGGGCAGCACACCUCCACCAGGAAUUCCCAGGAAUACCCUCCCCCCCCCAGGACUUCGAAGAAGUGAUCCACAACCGCACGGCAAUAUCAGCGAACUUACUUUAUCUUUCCUAUGUGGUAUUGGGUUGAUAUUUCUUUUGUGGCAAAAGGACCUUUGGUUGAGACCAAGGGUUGCUUGCUAUUGGGCUCUGAUGAGAGCCUCUGAAUAAUUAUCUCUUGCGGUACAGUCAUGGAUCACCAGCUUCAUUUCUGAUCCUUUUUUUUAACAUUUUUUCGUGUGGGUGCAACUCAUUCCAAACUUAAUGCAGACAGGCAGGUAUACCACUUGUCUCGCUUCUAAUCCUCUGAACCCGUCGGGGGAAGGGUGGACUGAACAAAGUUUUGUACUGGGCUCUGCCCAGAGGACCAAACCUUUACCUCUUUUGUACCCCUUUUAUAACUUUCCAUUGACAAAUGGUACCCCUUUCACAUACCUAGUGUAGAACUUUGCAUCCUGUUUAUCUGCUGUAAAAUGGUUUUCCUGACAGUGUAGUGUAACGGAACAGACAGAAAUGGCUAUUUCCUGGCACAGACCAGUAGGCUGAGUUGGCUAGGAGGAAUUGUGGGUGGCCUCUCUGAGAUAUAUUUGGUUGUUCAUUGCAAAUUUGAAUCAAUCUAGGCCGGUAUUCAUUCAAGGUCUUAACUUUUAUUUCAUGUGUUAAUUUUGUUACAUUUGUUUGUAGCAAUUUGGCAGUUGUUAGUUUCCAUGUACCUCUGCCCCCGAAAUGUCUUCACCACAGCUGAUUUCAGCAGACGGGUUAUAUGUUCCCUUUUUCCCACGAAGUGGAAGUACUUGGUUUCUUUAGAGUUGUUUUUUUUUCGUCCUGUGUUAGCCCUUUUGGGCCUUUUUAUAGACUGAAAUGACAUAUUCCCUUACCCUUUCAUACACUUGAACUAGUGAAAUCCCUACCUUUUUAUUUACCUGAAGCCUGAGAGAGGUACCCCUUUCAGGAAGAGCCUCCCUGUAUAAGCCAUAACAGGUAGUAACUGCCGGCCUCUAAAUCGCUGAAUUGAAAGCGCAGUAACCAGCGCCGACCGACUUUUAAACAUGGUCUGAUAGGGCUGCUGGUCAAAGGUAUGAUGAGCCAUGAGAUCGGUUUUGGAUUUCAAUAAUUUUUUGAGAAUGAUCAGCGGGUCAUUCAAAUUGUUCUUUUUCAUUUUCUUUUCAAGAUGUUGUACACGAAUUAUUGGCCACGUUCUCCACGGCAAUUUGAAAGUUCAAAAUGCUUUUACAGUCGUAGUCUUUAAGGGUUUUUGCUUUUUGUUUUUGUUUUUGUUUUUUUUUUCAAGUGCAUUUAUUUUAUUUUGUUGACACGUUUUGUUAUUCUCCUUUUGGUUGUAAAAAUAUUUUUUUCUAUUGUUAUUUACAUUUUGUUGACAAUAAAAUGUUUUUUUUUUCAUAUUUUUAAACAAGAAAAAACAUUUUUGUAGCCUGCAUAGGUGGCACUAGCAAUUAAUGGGUGCAAGAAUGAAUGGGCGCAUGUGAGGGAGACACGCGAGGAGAGAGGGAGUUGCUGCCUUAGAGGUAGCCUGCGUAGCUGGCGGUAUUGUGUACUAGUCAAGCGAGAUUUGGCGGCAGAGCCGCCAUUGGAUCGUGGCUCCGCCGCCAAAACUUUAAUCACACCAACACAAUACCGCCAGCUACGCAGGCUACCUGAGAGGCCCAUGAAAAUUAUUUCCCGCCCCUAUCCAAUUACAUGGCGGCCACUGCGUGAUCAGUCAAAAUUUUUGACAGAAAACUAUUAAAGCGUGGCAAAGUGCCAUACAUUUACCUGUUAUAAAGAUCAGCUAUGCUAUCUGAUAAUAGUAGAGCAAUGGAACAAUAAACCGACGAGAAACACACAGCAUUAAUCAGUUUCAACCAAAGGCAUGAUAAAUAAGAAAAAAACAACGUCAAAAGUGAAUAUUCUUGUAAAGAGUGCAUGCUAUCUAUUAUAAAAAGCUAAAUAUUAUUCUCUGAGAUUACAAAAUCACAACUGUAUACAACAGAUCACCGUGUACAUGGAAAAUGACCACUGCUUUUUCCACUUAAAGUGGCAGCCGUUUUUAGAGCAGACAUGUCUUACUAAACGGACCUAAACUUCAGAACACAAACUGUACCAAGAAGUCUUUCAGGGACACUCAACGUCAAUUUUUGGAAAAUAUCUGUUCCAAAGACGAUUUGAGAUCUAGAAUUUUCGGAACAUUUGAUGUAAAAUUUCUUGCUUGCCUGCCUCUCCUAGGAUUUUCGAACAUCUAAAAAAUCAUGUAUAAUUGGCCAUUUUUAACAGUUUUUUACCUUAAAAAGGUCACCCAGAAUUUUCGGAAGCCUUAUUUCUGACUGAAAUUUUCAAAAAGGUAAGUUUUGAUCCCUCUAAUUUUCGAAUCACUAGACUUUCAGCUAGGAAAUCCGAGCAGAUGAAAAAUUUUGGGGGGAUAAAUAUAUACCUAUAUCUACCGUUUAAAUACUAAAAUACGUUUAACAAUGCUUUGUUUAAGUCGUUUAUAACUAUAUUAUCGUUCGGUGCCCCUGGUCUUUAUAGGAUGCAGUAAUGAGAUAUAAAAAUGGCACCUCAGGUCGCCUCCGAACAAAUAAUAACAAUAGCGAAAGGUUUUUCAAAUUCAUACCCCUGGUAAGUGUUUCAUUUUGUCAAUCCUGUCUAGGUUUUGAUGGUAUACGUUCCAUGGACAACCAGCUGCCAAUUUCUUUUUAAACAAAGAAUAUUUCCUCUAAUCUUCAUUUCAAUGAUUGGACAAAAUAAUCUUUUGUCUGUCGCUGCUUCUGCUAAUGCAUAUUUGAUGUCAAAUAGUUCCUUUGUGAAUACCGUUUAAACACUCAAACUUUUCUUUUAGAUUACAGUCACAUAGUCCCAUUGAAGUGACCUUUAAGAUCUGAACUUCCAUUAUACAGUUGACUCCCGAUAACUCGAACCCUCGCUAACUCGAACCAAAAUUGAUUUCCCCUGGAUUUCCAUCAUACAUUUACUGUAACCUUACCCUUGGUAACUUAAACCCUCGAUAACUCAAACCUCCCGCUAACUCAAAGAAGUUUUUGUUACCCCUCAGAUCAUUUCUAUAUAAUUUUACCCUCAAUAACUCGAACCAUGUUGGAUCGAGUUAUCAGGAGUCGACUGUACCAGUAAGUGGUGUAAUAAAUAGAGAAUAAUACGUGGUCGCGCGGAGAUAUGGAAUUUAUCUUCGAGUGUUCACAUAGAUAUUGAAUGUGAACACAAGAAGAUAAAUUCCAUAUCUCCAAGCGUCCAUGUAUUAUUCUGUUUAUUAUAUAAACAAGAAUCAGCUAUUCCAUAAACCAAAACCAUGCCAUAUAGUCGAGAACCCGACAAAUGUAAUUCAUUGUUUAAAAUACUCCAGUGUAAACUCGGAGCUCUACAAAGUACAGAGGUUAAAAUGUUCUCAAACUAUCAAAUAUCAAUAAUUUCACAUGUAAAAAUAUCGUAUUUUUACGUGUGUUCAGAUACCACAUUUCUCGGUGGUAGAAAUCUUGUAAAACACUGCAGUUUAUAUAAUAAAAGACCUUAUUAUAUGGCUGAGUCUGUUUUCGCCAAGCGAUUGGUCAAUUUGCGGUCCGGUCCGUAACUUGCUAUGCGCACCAAAAGUUUUAAAGAAAAUACUCAUUUUGGAGCUUUAAAUCUCUUUACCUCAGAAAAAAGGUUUAAAUAAAAUUAUAAGAAGGCUGUCAACCGUGAGGACUUGGAUGUUGACUUUGGCCUUCAACAUUUUAAACUGUGUUUAUUUGUGAACGAAGGGGAUGAAGAAACUAACCCGUAAUCUUAUCGAAGAGGAUUCUAGUCAGUGUUUGAAAAUUUUAUCGCAGUACACAGUUAAGAAGACGAAAAUCGACUGGCAGAGAUUCGAGACGUUUUGCCUAAAAGAAAUGAGUAAUUCCUUCGACAAAUAUGAUAACAAACAUACCUGCAACCGGUCAUCUUGACAAGCUUCUUUGCCAUUUGCAGUGUUUUUUCAAAGACCAACGAAAGAAAGAUAGAAGCGAGUUCGAGCCAGACACAAUGACCAGUUUUCAAAAGACUCCAGCGUCACACUAACGAGUGAAUACUUACAGUGCUCUUAGUUUUGACCAAAUAAAUUUUAAAAUAUGUCUGUAAACCCCGAGGACUGGGAUGUUGACUUUGCCUUUCCAAAAUUUUAACCUAGCUUUGUUAUAAUGAGAACGAAGCUGAUGUAGAAACUGAAUUUUAACCUUACCGAGAAAGAGAAUUUUAGUCAGUGUUUGAAAAUUUUAACGCAGAUCAUAAUUGAAGAUGAGAAUGAACUGGCAGAAAGAGAGGUUUUCCCAAGAACAAUUAACGAGUGAAUCCUUUGACAAUGAAAACAAACUUACCUUGAAAAACUUCUUUGCCUUUUGCAGUGUUUUUUUUUACAAGGACAAAAGGAAGAAAGAUGGAAACGACUUCUAGACAGACACAUUGUCCGGUUUCCAAAAUACUCCAGCGUUACGUUAAAGAGCUAAAACUUACAGUGCUCUUAGUUUUGACCGAAUAAUUUUUACUUUCUUGGAAACCCUUUGUUGUGUGCUAUCGUUUUCGUGCGCCAAUAAAAACUUUCUUUUUUGACGCCUGUCAAAUGACUGUCAAAUUGUGCGUCCUGCACUUGUUUCCGGUCCCCCAAACAGGAAGGAGCCAUAUAAUAAACAGUUUAUUAGCCUUUUUUUUUGGUCCGUACUGUAAAUUACGGAUCCUCGUUUUUUCCAUCGAUUUAUGGCGUGCGCACUUCGCGCUUGGGCCAUAAAUCGAUGGAAAAAAAACUUGGUCUGUAAUUUACAGUACGGACUGAAAACUCGGCUAAUAAGAGGUAUUUAACUGCCUUUUCCAUGUACUACAUGUUCGCAAACAAUCUUGUGUUUUCUUUGAUUGACAGUUUUCUCGCCCAGCAUGAUCAUUUUUUACCUCAGUAGAACUCUCGACCAAUUGGGAAUGUCCGCACUCCCAGAAAGUGAGUUGAAACGAUUUUCCUGGGCCACUAGGCAGGCGCUCCCUCUCCCUUCUCGUAUGUCUAUCUCAUGCGUUGGUUCUUUCUUGCGCCAAUUUUAUACUUCCAAACACCUGCUACGUAGGCUAUUUUUUGUUUUUGAAAUCACAGCACAAAUCUGGCCAAAUUUUUUGCGGAAUGCUCGGCCACCAUAGUCAAGUUGUUUUCUUACUGUUCUUGCUAUGUUUUUAGCCAAUAGUUCGUGAAAUGAUGGAAAUGUUCUGCCAUUUUGUAUUCACUACCAAAACAACUCAACCUCGUCCCUAGGUCUUCUCGGUUAACAGUUCAAUAGUCUGGCAAUUUGGCUGCAUAAUUGAUGUCAUCAGUUCACAUAUCGCAAGAUUCUUCCAAAUUUGGUUGACUAGCCAAUCAGAAACGGAGAAAUAUUUUGAUAAAUAUAAUUAUUUUAUUAUUAUUAUUACUGUCCCAUUAUGGAUAUAUUUCUGUUUUGGUUAUAUUUUAUCCUUUAUUUAAAUUUUAUUUUCCAUUGUCAUGGGGUAUGAUAAUGUGUGAUAAAAUGUUUCAAACAAAAGAGUGUGAAAUUUAAAACAAAGAUAUUUGCGCAGUCUUUGACUGUCGUUCCUCAUUCUUUGCUGCAAAACCACAUGGAAAUGCUUGCUAUGCAGGCUAUUUUAUCUGAGACUUUAUAUUUUUGGGUUUUUUAGAAAUACUCAAGAACCUCAGAUGACAGAUGAGGAAAGAAUACAGGCCAUUGCUACUCAGUAUGCUGUCCUUACAAACAAGACAUCAGGUAGAACAGCAGGUUUUGAAUUGUAUUUUCCUUAUUUCAAACUCAUUAUCUACCUCCUUUACUGACUUAUAAACAAAGGAAAAAUAAGGAGGAAGCAUGCCUGAGCCUUUAGGGCACUGGGCUAUAAUCCAGGGGCUCUGAGUUCAAGUCCCGCCCUUACCAGUAGCUCUUUUUUUUGUCAGUAGUCUUGAGUUCAAAUCUUUGGGAACGCUUGUAAAGUAGCCAACUGGUUUGCCUCCUACAGUAACAUUUAAAUUGAACUGCAGUAUGUACGAUAAGAGAAAAGAUGCCAGUAAGUUUAAGCAACUGAGUAGCGAACAUGAAUAUCAAGGUAGUAAGUGUUCAAUUUGAACUAUUCAGUAUUAUGCCAUCUUACUAUGGACACUAACUUGAUGUUGCAAGUUGUCUGCAGUAGCAGUAGUUGACUGUGUUCCAAAGUAAGGGAAUUUUUUUAAACUUAUUAAAGGGUACAAACCCAGAUAAUAGGUCUGAACAUGUUGAACCACUUUUAAAAAUAAUAUUACGGUAGAAGAUAAAUGGGUGUAUUAAAAAAGCGCAAAGUCACUGUUGAUAAACUGGUAGAUUUUCCCUUCAAGUUGCCUCAUAUGUAUGUUUCAGGUAAAAAAUUUUGAAUCUAGGUUGAUUCUCAAUUUUGUUUGUCUCCUAGGGCUAGGAGACAGGGAAUUGAAAAUCAUCCUAAAGUUAACCCCAAAUUACUUGAAAUCAAAUUAAUAUAACAAUAACAUUCUAUUAAGACUGUCAAUUGUGAUUACUUGUUAUGUUUUCACAAUUCCAGGCGGCUUCGUGGACUUUCUUACAAUCUUAAACCAAUAUUGCCAAAAAAGUCGAAUUAAUGUUCCCAAAUACAGUGAAGUACCUGGUGUGCUGGGUGGAUAUGGUUCACAGGUGUUUGUGAAAGGUCAGAUUUUCACUAACAUGAAGUACUGUGCUACUAAGAAGGAAGCCAGGCAUGAUGCUGCAAAGGUCGCUUUGCUUGGUCUCAACAUCCCUGUGGGUUAGUGUGAUCAAUACUUUACGUGUUAUUAUGAAAGACCAAUAAUUAAAUGAAAUCAGAACUUUACCUACAGAUAAGGAUGAUGUUACAAGUUUUAAGAAGUCUUGUAAGGAGUUGGGGUUUUGUACCUGUGUUUAAUUUUUUUUUAGUUAGGAAGUGCUUCUGAUUUGGAGAAAUUCAUGCAUGAAAUCCUGUCACUUUCAAAGGUUUGUUGUAGUAACAAUAGCUAAUAAUGUCUCUAUUUCACAUUAGUUGAGUCGAGAAAAGUUAAAUUUGCCACCAUAAAUAUUGUUUUGAAGGCCACCCUUUUUUCAGACCAGAUCCUUGAAUGUAGUAAGCAAGUUAUUUACUCCUAUUUACAUGGAGCUUUUUAAUUUUCUUUUUUCCUGUUCUAUGGCAUUAAUUUUGUCAUUAGGUGUAUAUUAAAGUCAUAAUUUUUUAACAGUUGACCCAACACCCAACAAACCAAUGGCUGCAAGAUCUGCUACAGAUCAUCAGAGACUAAGAGAAACACAUGAGUUACAUCUUCUGACCCAAGCAGGGCAGCCGCAACCCAGGGGGAGGGGGCUGGGGCAGCCAGUAGUUAAACCUCCUAGCUCUUCUUCCAUGUCAUCUGCUGGUCCACCAGUCUCCCAACAGCCUUCUCAGAAUGGAGGUGAUGAAACUGCCUUCAGCUUGCCUGAGGUAAUGAUCAUUUUUCUGAAUUGUAAUCUAUAAAAAAUUAUGCUGUAAACAACUUUUACUCCAAAGUCAUGGGAAGAUCUCUCAAAUUUCCUAGUGGAAGGACUUCCAGCGGGGGAGGGUGGGUAUUCAAGCCAUGUAUCAGGCCCAUGUUUGUUGAUGGCUAAUUUUUAAAUUAGCCUGAGAAAACAGCUAACAUUUUGCGUCGGCACUAUUAGUUUCCCCCUCAAAAUGAUGCUUUUUAGUCAUUUGGUGGUAGUCAAGUGGCAAGGCAGAUGCACCAAGGUGACAAUUCAUGCUUUGGGAUUGUUCAGAUAAAAGGUUUGGAGCAGAAUAUGCUCUAUUCGGCCAUAUCAUCAUGAGGAUAAAAGCUCCUUACCUGCCUGGCAAGAAAAGAUCUUUUUAGAAGGCUAUUUGUUAAUCAAAUUUUUACAUUGUCUGUUAAUUUUCAGGCAACCAAUGGCGAGGCUGUCUCUGAUGAGUGGACAACAGUGACAAGAAAAGGUAAAACCAUUUUAGCAAACAGAUUCCAUUUUGCUUUUUAUAAGGUUUUGACUUUUUAAUAAUGUGGUUACUUCAGGUCAGGAAAUUGUCAGGGAAUUAAUUUUUUGUUUAGUUCACUAAAACAAUUUUGCCUGACCCAAAAUAUUACUUUUUUCACUUUUUAAAAAAUUUCAGUUACAGUAAAAACCCGCGUAUAAGAACCUAGAAUUUUGGAGUUCAGGCUGAACAGGUUCUUAUAUUUUGGAGUGUUUUUUUCCAAUAACAGGCUGAUUAGGUUCUUGGUAGGUUCUUAUUUGCAAAAGUUAUUUUAUAGUAAUAGCAUUCAGGGAACUGCAAUAGAACUAAUAUGCUAUAAUUGUAAAGCAUUUACAAAAAUGUCAAGCCUUGUUGUCGAAACAAGUCCAAAAAUCAUAAGUCCUGUCCUGCUCAACAACAAAAGGUAGAAGGACUGACUGGACUUGAUCAACAUUGUACCUUUGUUUUGGCAUCCAUUGUCCGUACUUUUGGUCUGGAACAGCAUUGCUCCUCCUUCUUUUUGAUUGGACAGCUCUCCUUAAAUUCCUAUGAAAUUCCUGAAUGGUCUCUCUGGCAUCAUCUGCAGAAUGCCGUUUUUUUGUUGGUUCUUCGUCUCAAAGAGAUAUUAUUUCUUCGCUUGAAUCGCUGAAACCAGUUGUCGCUGGCUUUGAAUUUAUUCGCCUCUUCCUUUCCGUAGCAACUUUCGAUUUUCUUCUUCAUCUUUGAUUAAAUCCACAGCUUGGAGAUUUUGCUCGCUUUCGCUCGCCUGAGCUUGAAUUCUGUGAGAACUAAUUUUACUGCAAGCGGGUAUCUUUCGCUGUUUCUGGCCUUUUCGCAACCAUCUUUCUCCUGAGCCUGACCUCUCUCACCCCUCCUGCAUUGGCUUUGCGUUUGUUGCGUGCUACUUCCGCAAGGAUUUUGUCCCUGGCCUUAUUCCACUUGAUAACGAGACACUUGCUGAUUUGUUUUUCCUCAGCGACUUUUUUCCAUUUAUUUUCGGCGUUGCUCAUUGAAUCUAGAAGAUCAAGAGUUUGCUUUUUAAACUCUAUCGUGUAGGAUUUGCGGUUAGAACUUCCACGUCGGCUUUCGCCUUUAGUAGUGCGCGAACUGUCAUCUCGGGUGAUUCUUCCCUCAAUUUCUUGAACAUCAUUACUGAUUUGCAAGCUUAUGCUUUGAUCAGAGCCUUCUUGAACACUGUCGUCUGCGCUGCAUUCAGGAUGCUUGAACCUCAGGUGCUUAGCCUUAUGCAGUAUUUCUGUGAUGUUGUAUAG